AUGCCGAACCCUACACAAAGCUCGUUGCUCUCGACACUGCUCCUUGUUGCAGCCAUCCUGCCCUGGUGCGUACUAGGCAGCUUGCAGCACUCGUGGAUGCCACUAGACAAGCGCAGUUCCGCCCAGGACGGAUCAAACUGCUAUCACGACUACGCUACGGACCCUGCAAACUGUCCAAUCGUCCACGUCGCGUUUUUCGAGGAUGCUAGUUGCAACAAACCUCUUGAGCUCGCUCGUACCACACCGCAGGCGAUGAUCAAGGGCAACGAGCAGAUGAUUUGGGAAGGCACAGUGGCUCACUCGUUGAAGCGACCUCUGGGUUCGAUGCGCGUGCUCGCUGCAGUUCAGGGAAUCGGCAUCGGCUUUGCUAAAGAAGAAGAGUCGGACGGUGUUGUUCAAAACACGGCAUGGAUGUCGUCUUCAAAGGUCUACGAUGCAUUCAAGACGAAAGACUGUAUCACAUUGCCCAACCUUGAUGUGCACGAAGUGGGGGUAUGGACGGCUAGGGUUGACUCCAUUACAAAUCAAGGGGGCUAUGUGUGGAACCCAGACAACAUUCCCAUCAAGAAUGGGGUCGCUCAAUGCGCUCAUGCCAGCACGGAUGCGCGCCACAAGAGGCGAUCACGAGGUACCGCAAGCGGCCGCACUCGACCGAUCUGCCUUGAACAAGCAUCGUACGCCGGAGGAGCAGUGUUGCUCCUGUACUCCACCGACGACUGCACGGGCCCGGCCGAGAAGCAGCUCUACAGCACCAUGCAGUGCACACCUCUCCGCAAGACCAGCUUCAAGUCGUACAAAGCGAUCCAACCGAAGGGACCUACUAUCGAUACCGUCUUUAGCCCGAUCUACUACGACUUGAAUGCCAACGAAUUGCAUGCCUGCGCCCAGCGAGAUGUUAGCGCCAGACCUUUCAAGCCCAACGCAUGUCAGAAGAUGUUCAACACCAACAUGUUUGUCGGUGUUUAUGGUGUCGAUCCUAGUCCUGAAUUCCCUCAGCCUGUUCCUAGUCCUGGAGACAAGGUGUUGCUCCAGUCGCAUGGUCAUCUUUUGCUCAGCCCUAACCCGGAAGCCGGCGGAAAGGGUCUCCCUCAUCCCGUGAAGCCAUGA